AUGGCCGACAUCCUCACCCAAAUCCAGGACGAAUUGGACAUGCUCCUCAACCAAAUGCAGUCCUCACUCGCCUACAUCCACCACCGCACCCCGCCUGCCCACAUUCCUAGUCAACCGCUCCUGUCUUCCUUUGCCGAGCAUGAAGCCCAAGCGGCCGCACAGCAAGCCGCUUCGCAUCCCAACAACCCAAACAACUCCGCACAGCCACCUGCCCCCGCUCCUCUCCCCACCCCCGACGAGUUUCGAAAAGACAUCCGCGAGCUAAGCCGUGAUCUGCUACUCAAGGAACAGCAGAUUGAGAUCCUCAUUGGCAGUCUGCCCGGCUUACAUUCCAGCGAGGCCGAGCAGCUGGAGCGCAUGCGCGAGUUAGAGAGGGAGCUCGAGGACCUCGAGGGCGAAAGGAUCAAGGCCGUCAAGGAGAAGGAGAGUUUAGUCAAAGUGGUGGAGGACAGGAUCAUGAGUUUGGGCAAGAGUUCGUAG